AUGGCUUACGUGCUGUCCCUGCAACCACACAGCCCGCUCAAGCGGUCUUUCAGCGACAACCCAUACCUUCAGUCAUGCUCUCCUAUGAAGGACCCAUUCCUCGUGCCUCUCGGCGAUGUCACGGCUCGUAAUACGUCCGCAUGCUCUCUGUAUACGCUUGGCUCGAACAGGUCAAGUUUCUGGAAGCUUGGAAAGGAGAACACGCCGCCUCUCACGUCGCAAUCUUUGCUCAAUCUUGGAACUGAGCACCAAGCAUCCGAAUUUAGGUUGCAGCUUGGAGAUCAUGUGCCACGAAAACGUACCUACGGUCUUCAUCGAGCGCCAUCCGCACUGCCUCGCAGCAGGGCCACUUCCAAUCAUAUCUCCAGAAAGGCCGUAGACCUAGAACAUGUCACAGAGUCCUCUAAAAGGAGCGAAAGCUCUCCAAGCGGUGUAGAUGUUGACGAUAGCCGCACGGAUGGAUCGGAAUUAUUCGAUCUGUACAAGGCUAUACAUGUGCCUCUGCCUGAAACCAACAGUGGUGACGACAAAAGAGAAAGACGAAUCGAUACACCGGAGGCGCUUUUGACGGAUCCGCAACCGUUUCGCCGGUGGAUGAGCACUCUGCGCCGGCGGCACCUACAUCGGCGCAGGAAGCAAGAGCUGUCCUUCGAUGGUGGGGAGGAAGUGUUGUUUGUUCGGUCACCUCAACCGACAACGACAGACUCAGUACGGCGCACUUCAGAGUCGAUGACGUCUUCCAUGGGCUUUGUCACGGCCACCAAGACUACAUCAGUCACAGUUGCAAGUACGAGCAUUGCGCCAGCUUCCGAGCAAGGACCGCACAACAAUGGCCGUUUAGGAAACAGGAGCAGCAAUACCGACGCUCGUCGAUCCACAGACAGUCACCGUGGUGGUAUUGGGUCAGUCAUUGACGAAAGCGCGUGGCUCAGGUCGUUGCAGCGCCGCAAGGUAGUAGAAGAACUGAUGGCUUCAGAAGAAAGCUACAUUGCCGACCUCAAAGUUCUCAUCAACGACUACUUCAUGAUUCUUACUGCCCUUCCUGCCUUACCUGGUCAGACGAAGUCAUCUAUUCAGCAGAACAUAGCCCAGAUCUUGCAUCUCCACGAGGAUCUUCUUACAGAGCUUCAACAGGCUGUUCCUCAAGCGGAUUUCACCAAAAGCGCACAACAAGAAGCUUAUCCAAUCACCAAGGCCAAGCACAUCCGUUUUCACAGUGCAGACAUCAUCCCCGGUCGCUUGGGCGAGCACAGAACGACUCGGCGCCUGAGACAUUCUCUCGAGAUCGGCCGGUCUCCGGAUAGAAGACCGCGAGGUCUUGUCACCGAUACCAAGACUGUUGGCAAUAUUGCGAGUAUAUUCAAUCGACAUAUGAAACGUUUCUUUACCUAUGAAGAAUAUGGCGCGCAUUGGACGACCAUGUCUUCGGAUCUCACAGCAAUGUGUAAAGGGUUACAUGGCUGGCAAGAAUACGAACGAGGGGUCGAAUCUUUGCAGAAAGUCGUCGUCUCCGAGAACAAUCGCGAGUCCGGUAGCAAGAAGGCGUUGAGUUUUCCUGAUUUGCUGAUCAAGCCUAUUCAGAGGGUUUGCAAGUACCCUCUCCUGUUCGACGAUCUGUGUCGCCAGACUCCUGUGUGCGAUGAUCCAGAGGCUCAUGCCGAGUUGGAAAAGGCUUUGUUCCGACUACAAGAGACUAUACGGGAAGUCAAUAAAGCAAAGGACGACCCAAAGACCCGUCGAUUGAUCGAAAUUACUUGGCAAUUACAAGACAGGCUCGUUUUCCAGGAACAGGCAAUGUCGCGUGCCGUCGUUUUCCGCCUGCUAGGUCACGUUCUCUUGUGUGGAAUCCUGCAUGUAGCGUACCAAAACCCGGAGCGCGUGAAGGGACAAUACAUGGUUUGCGUUCUGUACAAAUCAUGUCUUGUUCUUGCAACAACAAGUCGAUUUUACACCCCUUAUACAGUGGUCGCUUGUGUCAGCCUUGCAAAUGGCAGCAUCGAAGAACCAGACAAUGGUCGAGGCAUGCAAUGUCACACUGCCCCUCAUACCUGGAAGUUCGCAUUUGAACACAACCAUCGGCUACACGAGAUCAUUCUUAGUGCCUGUUCAGCACAAGAAGAGGACGUUUGGAAGACGCAGCUACGUGAAAGAAUUAUGUGCGAGACGCGUGAUUUUGUCGAUGGACAGUCUACCAUGCAAGAGAUAGUCUCUUCCCUGAGCUUGGACAUCAAGUCGCUAGGACCAGUAUUCGGCCACGCAGACAGCCUGGUGCGCCGCAUGUCCGUUCACCGAGCCGUGACACUGGGCGCAAAGACCAACUUGACACAAGUCAUCAUCAAGAACACUCAGGCGGAGAAGCCGUUGGAAGCCACUUUGACGUACUCACCUGGUGCGAUGGCUCGCUCGCAGUCACUCUUGUCGUCAAGUCAUGUUCCCACCUUGGCUCCGAGAAGAGGUGAGCGUAUACGUCUUGAGACAGCACUUGAGGAGGUAUGGACGAAGGAUAUGAUCCCUUUCCCAGGGAUGUCGAAUCGAAGAGUCGAAAAUCAGAUUCGGGCAUCAGCAAAUUCUGUCAUGCGAAAGCUCAGUAUGGCAAGCAUUGCCAGUAAUUUUUCACGCCGUUCGCCAAGCUACUCCAGCAUGAGCAACACCCGCUCAGAAGAUUCGUAUGGUAGCAGGGCGCACAAGACCUCGCAUGGAGACGUACGUUCGACUCACGCAUCGGAACGUCGACCAGCCCCUACAGUGGUGGACUUUCACAACGCACCGGCAGCUUUCCUGCCUACAGACUUCGAGCUGCGAGACACGCGGCAACUAAGCCGACGAAGACGGUUAGCAAAUCGCGCAGGAGGUGCAGAACGCUCCACUGAGAAGCCUACGCCUGCUAGACCGAAGCGUACAAGACGACUUUCUUCUCACAUCAUCAGCCUCCAACGCAGCGAGUCUAGUGCACAGGCCACUUUAAGGACGACGUCUCUUGGUUCCAAUGCCACCGUCAUGCGCGGACCUGACCCUUCCAUUGAGAUACAACAGAACCAUGAAACCACAAAGCUGAAAAGAAAAGGCGACAGAGAAAGUGGCAGCUCGGGAAAAGGAAGCCUCGGUGUAACGCCAUCAAAGAAGUUCCUGAAGAGCAAGAGCCGGAUUUUCAAGUUUUGGAUAUGA